UUUUAUUGUAUUCGAAAUGACAAUCAUCAUGAAAUAAUGUGUUAUGUUGGUACAAUAAGUGUGAUACGAUUUGCUACGUUGGCAAAAUACCUGAAAUAUAAUAUUGAAGGAAGCAUUUUCCAAGCUGCUUUUCAAAAUGUUUUGAGACAUUUUUAUGGGCGACCAAGCAAAAGUAUAAAAAUCUUUCGAGAUUCCCGCCCAAAGGGGUGUCAAUGAAAUUUCAAGGUUAUGUGAACACUUGAAUAAUACCUAAAACAUCGAGUCAAUCAUUUUCUUCAAAAUUCCAUUCGUGAUCCCGAUUGAUUGAAAUGCAGCAUAUACAAAAGCCAAGAAUUUCCUCAUACUGCAUCUAACAGCUUUCAUGACGUAAUUGUGUCGCGAUUUUCUAUGUAUAUAUAUAUGUCAUAGAUACCUAGCGAUUCUCUAUCACGUUUCAUCUAUUUAGUCUAGUGGAAAAGCGCCCUCAAAACGAAAAGCUUAUCCUAACCUUAAGGACGAUAGUCCUUCAAAAUGUAGAGGGUUAGGUUAGGUCCGCUAGCAGACGACAACAGGAGGAACAGCCGAAAGCAGACAAUCAUCGAAGUAAUGUAAUCACGUUUUUGAAAAACUACACGUGUUCCUGGUGUUUACGUGGUAAUUUCGUUACGUGGGUGAAAAAUGUAACAAUUUUUAAAUAAACGCUUUAAUAUUGCUUUCAAUAAUUCAUCGUCACACUGUCAAAAAAUUGUUCUACUCUAGUAAUCACAGCUGUUACUAUAAUAGUUUAUUUAAUUCAGUGACACGUUUAACACGUUUUAUCACUACAUUUGAUGUACAAACAUUGAUAUCUAAAAAUAUUAAUCCAUUAGAAAAAAAGUUGUACUAACCAAAAAUGUUUCACGAGCAAGAUUCUGCGAACACCGUAAACAUGAAAAAUUCAUUCCUUACAUCACUUAUAUCAGGUGCCCUUGCAGGAACGAUUUGUGACUUAACAUUUUUUCCUCUGGAUACACUGAAAACACGUUUACAAAGUCAACAUGGUUUCAUUAAAUCUGGUGGUUAUAAACGACUAUAUCAAGGAAUAGGUCCUGUUAUGGUAGGAUCCGCUCCAUCAGCUGCAAUAUUUUUUGUGACUUAUGAAGGGAUAAAAGAUGUCUUUCAACCUCGUAUACCUCAACAGUAUCAUACAUUAAUACAUAUGACCGCCGCAGCAUUAGGAGAAAUGGUCGCGUGCUUAAUUCGAGUACCAGUAGAAGUAAUGAAACAAAGAAAACAAGCAUUUAUACAUGAUGAACAAAGGUUACAAUUAAGAACGUUAUACCGCGGUUACGGGAGCACUGUUAUUCGCGAUUUGCCGUUUGGUUUAAUUCAAAUGCCACUAUGGGAAUAUUUUAAACUUUGUUGGAAAAGACACGUAGAACGUGAUUGUACGCCAAUGGAAGGUGCCAUUUNUGAUGAUUUUGAAGUGGCCAUAACUACUGUUAUGACAACGCCCCUAGACGUUGCAAAAACGAGAAUAAUGUUAUCAAAUACUAAUGAAAAAAAAGAGGAGACCAGAAUUUCUGUAAUGUUAAAGGAUGUUUAUAGAAAAAACGGUGUUAGAGGACUUUUUGCAGGUUUUCUGCCCCGAACGACUGGCUUUACGAUUAACGGAUUUGUAUUUUUUGCUAUUUAUGAAAAAGUUAGAGAAAUUUGCACAACGGUUCUACCUCUCUAAUGGUGUGAAUAAGUAUGCAAUAAUAUCGACUCAGCACUAAUUGUUCUUUGCACAUUGAUGAUAUUGCACAGCCAAGCACAUUGCAAUAGAUGUAAUGAAGCAAUAAUUAAGAAUGAGUUUCAUAAUAUGAAAGGUCAAUGUGAAUGUCUCAAAUUUUCUUAUGCCAAACAAAAACAUUGAAUAAAGUAUGGAACAAACAUAAGACCAUUCCACAGUUCUAACAUCAUUGCUUCAUUUCAAAAUAAUAUGUACUAUAAAUAUUUUAAGUAAUAAAAAUAUUGUAUUUCGAAAUUACAUUUUUAGAUUAUAUCAAGAUAUAUUGCACAAGGUAAAUUGGAUUAACAUUUAUCUUAAAGAUACAAACGUCGUUGACGAAGUGAAUACAAUACUAGGAAACUGGACAUAUAUUUGCAAGUAAUAUUUAAAAGUAAUGAUUUCUUUACUUUUACUAUAUGUUAUUACUUGUGUAAUAAUGUAUCAAAGUUCAGUACAUAAUACACGAACAUGUCGUUAAUAGGUACUGACAUAAAAGAAUUGCAACAAUACUUAAUAUUGAUUUCCUUAUGUCUAUGAACAACAAUGAGAUCUUUUCUCAGGCUCAGUACUUAUAUUAAUUGCUUCUCUUUCAUUUAGAACACUUGGAUUGUCAACAAUGAAGUCAUAUGCAAUUACAUUAAAUAAUUCAUCUAUAAAAAUAAAUUAAUGAGCAUACAACAUGAUUUAGUACCAAUAUAAAUCUAACAUAUAUCCUUACCAACAUUUUCUCCAGUUUUACUGGAUGUUGUAAAGAAUUUAGCUUGGACACCUUUAGCAUAUGUUUCUACAACAUCUAUAUCAGGAUUUGCAAUUGCACCAAGCUCUAACAAAUCUUUUUUUGUGGCACAAAUAUAUAUUUUACAUGCAUCUUCAAUAACUCUUAGUUCUCUUAUCCAAAACUUUGCCCUUUGGAAGGUCUUCAAGUUUGUUAUAUCAUAACACACUACUGCAGCUUUCGCACCACGGUAAUAUAUUUUAGUCAUUGCAUCGUACCUACACAAAUAUGAGGCUUAUGUGU